UAGGACAUACAUAGCACAUACUGUAGGUGUUGUGUACUCCCUGUGCGCAUUCUCUCUAUUGACCUGAAUGUAUGGAAAUGUAAAGCAGCCGAUGUGAAACUUAAUUUGUUUAUAAUUUGGUUAAAAGAAAUGUUACAACUGUUGUGUUUAGGCCAUAAAAAAAGUACCCUUGUGUUUAGAAGUAGCAGAUCUAUAAAAUAAAAUAAAAUAAACAUGGUGAACUGUACUGAUGCUUCAUUUUUAACAUUUUCACUGCAAGUGAUGCGGAAUAGCUCAUAUUUGCAUUAUAUUUUAUGCAUUUUUAGGUGGAUUAGGGUGGAAAGGAAGGAUUAAAUAAGAGCAAUGGAGCAAAAAGAACCACCAGAAAAGCAUCUAGAAUGUUCCGAACACAACAAAUCAAACCUGAUGAACAUGGUUGACUGGACUAAAGAUGUGGUCUGUGAGUGGCUUAUCAAAAAUAAUGUCCCUGAGCAGUAUGCUAAGAUUCUUUACAGUGAGGAUGUUUAUGGUGCCUCUUUAAUUCAUUUUGACAAACAAGGCCUUCUAGACAUUGGUUUAACAAAUGGACCUGCGGUUCACAUCACUAAAAUAGUGGCCGAGUUCAAAACAUCCUCAGAAAACUUCAAGCACAGUGCCAUACCCAAGGACACAGAUGCAUCAGAAGGGACCUCUGCAGCACAGAAUUUCCAACUAGAAAAAGAAGCAGCUGAAAGUCCUACCACUGGAUCUGCUGAAAUAGAGACACCUGCUCAAAUCAGCAUUGAAGAAAACAGGAAUGGUAUAUCAAGAGUGCAGAGAUGGUCAUUCACCUCAGAAGACAUACCCAAAUAUACAGGCAGUGAAUGGAAGUCUUUCUAUAAUGCGUCAACUUUUCAAGAUGAGAACGUUCUACAAUUGGAGCAACAGAAUAACGGCAUGUACACCAAAGGAGAUGAGGCAAGUGGUGCACAAUCACUGGCUUUACCUUUGACACAAUGCACAAAACAAACAAAUCAUAUGGGGAGUGAGACCAAAGCACAGCUGAUCGUCUCAGAGAACCCAGAGGACAUUAUGAACAGAGGUCAGCAUUGUGCACCCCGCUCUUUUGAUAAAAGCAGCGAAACAUUUGUAUACAAACAAAAUGACAUACUUCCACCUGAGACUGGCCCAAGCAACCUCAUUGACCCUCUACAUGAGUACAAACUCAUGACAAACACAAAGAACGCUUUAGAAGAGAAUGUUUUCAAAAAAUUCAGAGAUGAAACAUUCCGGUUUGCUGCAGCAUGCAUGAAUUCUCGAACAAAUGGAACUAUCCAUUUUGGUGUUGGAGAUGAACCACUGUAUAAACAUGGACAAAUUAUUGGACUAGAGGUGCCAUCUCGUAAUAAAUAUGUAGAAGAAUUUGAUAAGGGUCUAAAGGAGCACUUCAAAGGAAAAAGUAACAUUGCAAUGACAUGCAUUAGGCCCCCCAAGUUUGUAAAAGUAAAAUGUCCAGAUAACAAGGACAAGUGGGUUAUUGAGAUUGAUGUUGUCCCAAAGUAUAAAUUAACUCAGAAGAAACUUUUUUACACUACAUUAGACAAGAAGAAAAAGAAGCCAAAGUGCCUUUUCAUUCGUUCUGGUGCAAACACCAUUAAUUAUUUACCUGAAAAUAAUCUUAAGAUUUUUAAGCAGAACUUGAAGAACUUAAAAAAAGAUUUAGAAUUAUGGGAUUUAGCUAGACAGUUAGCUGAAGAGGAUAUAGCUAAGACAUGUUUCCACCAAUGCAUUUCUUCCAGAGACCAGCGUCAGUGGUGCACCAACCCUAAAGCCAAACAAACCCCCCACCCCACCCCUGAACCGCGAUUGUCCUAGUUAAGCGAUCCCCUGCCCCUCCAGAGUAAGUUUUUAUUGUUUUCAAUGAGAGCAUAGUAUUUUAAAGAAGCCAGCAGCGGAACAAGGUGCUGAGCAUCUAUUCAACACUGUGCACUGGCCUCUAUUUUCUGGUCACAAAAAGUUGAAAAAUAUUCAACUGUAGCCUUGGCUAUUGUAAGAAUAGACUGCAAGCACAAGUGUAUAAUACAUAAAAUGCUUUGUUUACUGUCCAGUUGGUACUUUUUGUAUGUUUUUCUGUGAUAUUUUUGUUAUUUGCCAAUUAUUGAUUUUGUUUAUAUUUGAUAUCAGGGAAAAACGUCUUUCAAAUCUGUGGUGUGGGGACAUUUUGGUUUUGCCGUUGAAUAUAAUGGUAUAAGCAUCCCCCCAAAAAUGACUGUUUACAAGCAUUGUUUUACACAACCUACUCAACUGGAAAUACUUCCAACUUGAUUGCACAUCUGCGGUGCCAUCACAUAGCAAUAUCACUGUCUAAGCAAGACAGCAGAGCAGUCAUCCAAAAAGUGUUCAUUGCCAAAGAUUUGCAGCUGUUUUCAGUGAUUGAGAUUAGAGACUCUCACACUUUUUUUUCUACUUUUUUACGACCUCUAUGAAAAGACAUGCAACAGCAUCAUAGAUGAAUUGGCUAAAGCACAGAGCCUUGCUCUGGCUACACAUAGUUGGACAUUGCGGGCAACAGAGAGUAAUCUCGCUGUUACUGUCACUAGAUGUCAGAUUGGGAAAUUAAGGGUGCAGUACUCCAAACCCAUCCCCUGUAUGAAAGUCAUACAAGUGCUCAUUUGGCAGAAGAGUUGACAAAUGCUGUGAAUAUGUGGAAGUUGGGGAGGCCCCCAUCCGCAUAUUUACUCGUAGUAACCACAGAUAAUGCUGCAAAUAUUGUGAAUGCAGUCCAUGAAGCUGAUGGACUUGGGCCACGGAUACAAGUUAGCAGACAGUAUUCAUGUGGAUGCUGAUUGAUUCUUCUGGUGGGAAACAAAUGAAUGCAAGUUCCCCCAAAAUAUAGCAAAAGUUGCACAAUGACACCUUUGUGUCCCAGGUACUGUACCUUGUGAGUGAAGUGUAAACCAGCCUCGCCUUGCUACAGACAAUGUUGUCAAUGUAGGCUUAUCUUUUACAGAAGAACCUCAAAAUACAGGAAUAGAUAGCUGACCUAAGUGAAAUUGCACUUUGCAUUUUGAAUGAAGGCUACUGUACUAGGGUCCUGGUAAAUUUAAUUGAGAUGGUUAAUUUAUGUAAACUGA